GAAGAUUUAACAGAGUAGGUACCAUCAGCCCUACCAGGACCCUCCCGGGGUAUAGCUCCACACCGUCCACUGUGAACACCGCCUCAGAUCCCUACUACCGACUCCUCCAACCUACUAGUUAAGCUUAGCUAGCAUAAACUCGACUCCAAGAUUAGGUGGAACAUGUCGUACAAAGAUCAAGGCUACGAUAGUUCUGUUAACGGCCCGCCUUAUGUAACUUCUAGCCGAUCUAGAAUCCUACCAGAUAUAUUUCAAAACCGAAGGUCCGAAAGGGGGCCAUCUGCCAUCUAUUUUUAAGAGGAUUUACUGGUAUUCCUUCCAGCCUUGUCGAUUUCAUAAGCAACUCGGAUGGUGCCGGCAAUGUCCUAAAGAUUUAGACGUAGGACUAUGCGGUAAAUAAAAACGACCUCUCCAGACUCUACUCUCGUCUUGUUGGUGGUCGACACACUACCUCUUUCAACUACGUGAGAAUCGAAAAGCGGACGCUGCCUUUGUCUACUACCUAGAUGGUAUCAUCGGAACAGCUAUCAUCAACAUUCAUGUCUGACGACACUUAUUACAGGAGCCAGCCGGCAUCCUCAGAAGGACAUCAUGUCACGUACAGUUCUUAUCAAAAUAUUGUACCCAACAGGACUCCAGAGAGCCUGCUUGGUUUCCAGGGACAGUCACUUCCCCCUGCUCCGGUCCCGAGCCACCCACAUUAUAUCAUGAGCAACCAUAAUCCAACAGACGUAAAUACUGGAUCACCUAGCGGGCCACAUUUCACUACACAUGCCGCGGACUCCUUUGGACUUUCAUAUUACCAGGCAGUAGGACAGGAGCCCAGGACCGUCGACACUGCAGAUACAUAUCAUCACGCUUACCCUCAAGGCUACGGACCAGUUAUGGCAAGCCCCCCCAUCUCAACAAUAUCGACCGGAUCUGCCCAUAGAAAACACAAACAUUCUUCGCGAUCAAAGAAGUCAAGACAGCAGCAAGUCCUCUCACCGGGAAGCACAUCUUCGGCAUCGAACUCAAGCAAAUCACGACUUCGCAGUGCGUCUCGUACUAGCAAAAAUACACAUCACAACCCCCCGGCGACGUUAGAGGAGCAAAAGAGCCGAGACACCCACAACCAGGUGGAAAAACAGUACCGAAACAGACUGAAUGCCCACUUCGAAAGCCUUUUAGAGGCACUUCCGGAGACUAUGCAGGCUGGCGAGGGCGAGGAUGAAGGAGAACCUAUGGACUUAUCUGACCGUAGAGUGAGCAAGGCGGAAGUGCUGGACAUGGCUCGGCGGCAUAUCCAAACUCUCGAGCGUGAAUGUGCGGCACUGGAAGGAGAAAGGAAUGAGCUCAGGAACAAUAUGGAAAGGCUACGGUGGUUAUUCGGACGGUGCGAAGGUGGCGAUGGCUUCAAUCCUCAGGUGAGUUUCCAAGACCCUGGAGGAUUACCAUGAUUACGAAUUGGAAAGGGG